AUGGCAGCCUCUGCCGGCGGCCAGAUGACGGUCUCCUCAACCGUGCAGUUGCAUGGAGUGGGGUGUAGUAGAAACUGGAAGCUUGUCAAGUUUUGCAAUGGGGAAUUCAUGGGACGUAAGGUUGAGUUAAGAAGUGGUGCUGCCAGAAGUGCUUAUACUAAGAAUGUUAAGCCGCAACAUCGUACAUGCAUGUCUCUCACGGCUGACAUAUCCACUGAAACCAAGUUGAGAGACCUAGAAAUGGAAAGAAGGAAUCCAAGGACAGUGUUGGCAGUUAUACUUGGUGGAGGAGCUGGAACCCGUCUCUUCCCUCUCACUAAGCGACGAGCCAAACCUGCUGUUCCUAUUGGAGGUGCUUAUAGGCUGAUUGAUGUGCCAAUGAGUAACUGCAUCAACAGUGGUAUCAACAAGGUGUACAUUCUCACUCAGUUUAACUCAGCCUCACUCAACAGGCACAUUGCACGUGCUUACAACUCCGGUAGUGGAGUCACCUUUGGAGAUGGCUAUGUAGAGGUUCUUGCAGCAACCCAAACCCCAGGGGAGGCAGGUAAAAAGUGGUUUCAAGGUACUGCUGAUGCUGUGCGGCAGUUCCACUGGCUCUUUGAGGAUCCAAGAAGCAAGGACAUUGAGGAUGUCUUGAUUCUUUCUGGGGAUCACCUCUAUCGAAUGGACUAUAUGGACUUUGUUCAAAAUCAUCGGGAGAGUGGUGCAGAUAUCACUCUUUCUUGCCUGCCAAUGGAUGACAGCCGUGCCUCAGAUUUUGGUCUGAUGAAAAUAGACAACAAAGGAAGGAUCCUUUCAUUCAGUGAAAAGCCUAAAGGAGAAGAGUUGAAAGCAAUGAAAGUAGAUACAACCGUUUUGGGCCUUUCGAAGGAUGAGGCUCAAAAGAAACCAUACAUUGCAUCCAUGGGAGUGUACGUCUUCAAGAAGGAGAUACUUCUUAAUCUUCUAAGAUGGCGCUUUCCAACUGCAAACGACUUUGGAUCAGAGGUUAUUCCUGCCUCAGCUAGAGAAUUUUAUAUGAAGGCUUACCUCUUCAAUGAUUAUUGGGAAGACAUAGGGACCAUCAGAUCAUUCUUUGAGGCAAAUCUUGCACUCACUGAGCAUCCACCCAGGUUUAGCUUUUACGAUGCAGCAAAACCAAUGUAUACAUCAAGGAGAAACUUACCACCAUCAAAGAUUGACAAUAGCAAGAUUGUUGAUUCAAUCAUAUCACAUGGAAGCUUCUUGAAUAAUUCCUUAAUAGAGCACAGCGUUAUUGGAAUCAGAUCCAGAAUAAACUCAAAUGUUCAUCUAAAGGAUACGGUGAUGCUUGGUGCUGAUUUCUAUGAAACCGAUGCAGAAGUGGCAGCACUCUUAGCUGAAGGAAGGGUUCCAGUAGGAAUAGGAGAAAAUACAAAAAUCAAGAACUGUAUUAUUGACAAAAAUGCUAGAAUCGGAAAGAAUGUUGUAAUAGCAAACACAGAGGGCAUACAAGAGGCUGAUAGAUCUUCAGAAGGGUUUUACAUCCGUUCUGGGGUUACCAUUGUAUUGAAAAACUCAGUAAUUGAAGAUGGACUAAUCAUAUAA